AUGAAUGCCCUUGUGACAGACAGUGGUGCUAAUCACUUACUCUUCUCCUUCUACCUCAAGCAUAUGAAGCUACAAUAUGAGACGUGGAGUGAGAGAAAGAUUACAGAAGGGAAGGACACUGGUCCUAUCGAAACCGAUAGCUUCCCAAAUGCAAAGUUUAAGGUUGCGAGAGGUUCAUCCAGUCAGGUCUGCGAAUUCACCCUUGUUGAUAUUCCAUGCAUUAACCGAUAUGAUUGGACCAUGCUUUACAAUGUUUUUGCUAAGAUAGAUGCUAAAAUUGUUGUUGUGCUGCGAAGGAAGCUAGGUGUACUUCCCAAGGAUAACCCUGAUGGUUUUAAAAUGAUGAAACUUGGGAAGAUACAUAAGAACGGAUGGUGUGUGGCCUUUCAACUAAAGGAGCAAAAUGAUGUAGACUAUCAAAAAAUUUGUUUCUUUCUUGCUGACAAUCAUUUAUACACCACCUCGUAUCUUGAAUAUAUUUUAGAGAUUAUCAACAGGUACAAGGGUAAUAGCAAAGGUGACAAGAAUUGCUUCUUGGAUAUGAUUCAAUGGUAUAUCCCAGUUCGCAAGGUUCUGCUGAUCAUCAUUCCAAAAAGUUUUUCAAGUGCAGAAGCGAACCUAGUCUUGAAGUACUCUCACCUCAAUCGACGCAAAAUGGGAGAUUGUUGA